GCCAUUGCCGCUCUAAAAUUCUUUCUCCCUUUUAAUCCUCCAAUUAGCUGCCUUGAGAAAUUAGCUGCAGCCACGUAUAUCGAGUAAGAGGCACGAUUAAUUACAUUUUCAAGUACGAAUGAGGUAAAGGUGAACGGAGAGCCCAGACAACAUUCGAUCAACGUAAGCACUCACUCAACUUUCGAUUAAAGCCGCUGACACGCUUUCGGCAAUUACCGAAGCAUCUCAUCCACAUCCACAUCCACACGCGAACGCCUUGCGAACAAGCUCCGCGUAGCGGAGCGUUACGUUUUACGUUGCGCCGCGUUGCCUGACAAAACAGUCCGCCUCUACUUAUUGAUCGGUGUUUGAGCUUUUACAAUACAUGGGGUGGCCGCAAUCGCGCGCGCGCGCGCGCGCGCGAUUCCUCUAUCCUUACUUGCGCUAAAUAAUCACUCGAAAAGGACACGUAACGUUCUUGUCACGAAAGGUUGUUGGCAUUGCAUGUACAUACGUGGUACAAAAUGUUGGACAUUUUUUCACUCAAACUAAUUUAGAGAGAAAGCCAAGUUUUCGAAAUCUCUCGCGGGCGCGAGGAACGAUUCUAAUAUCGAUCGACCGUGAGAGUAUCGAAUUUUGAUAUCGAUACUCACUUGCCACUUAAACUAGUCGGCCAGAGGAGAGAGACUCAAAAUGAAAAAUAAUGUAUUGUUGCUUUACGUCUUGUUGAUAGCACCGAUUUCCAUCGCUUUGUUUCUGCACGGUUUCUUCCCUGUCGCUCAUCGUACCGAUGCGAUCGCCUCGCGACCAGAUGUCCCGGAAUACGUCGGUAACUUGAGCGUAAAGAGAUAUGCAUUGUACAGGCCGAUGAUAACAAAAUUGAUAAUCAUGGUGAUCGACGGACUAAGAUGGGAUUUUGUCGCGGGACCGACAGGAAAAGCUGCCAUGCCAUUGACAAAUGCUCUACUGGUAAACUCCGCCGGAUGCUUGCUACAGGCUAAAUUGCAGUCACCGACAGUAACGAUGCCUAGAAUCAAAGCAAUGAUGACUGGUACAGUGCCAAACUUUAUAGAUAUAGUACUCAACUUUGGCAGUAAACCUUUACACAGCGACAGUUUGUUGCUUCAAGCGAAGAAGCAUGGGCACACUUUAGUAUUUUAUGGAGACGACACUUGGCUUUCUCUAUUUCCCCAUACAUUCCAUCGUUACGAUGGUACUACGUCAUUUUUUGUUACCGACUUCACAGAGGUAGAUAAUAAUGUGACUCGACACAUACGAGACGAGUUGAAUAACGAUGACUGGACUGUGAUGAUUCUUCAUUAUCUUGGGCUAGAUCACAUUGGUCACGUUGAAGGCCCGUUUGGCGCUUCGAUUAAGCCUAAACUACGAGAGAUGGACGAGAUUGUCGCUCAAAUAGCCCAAGUGGUGCAGCAUUGGAACAACGAUGGAGCGUCUGCGCUUUUCGUCGUCUGCGGCGAUCAUGGGAUGAAGGACUCGGGCGGCCACGGCGGCUCGACGCCGCAAGAGACGACAGUGCCGUUUAUUACAAUAGGAGGAACUCGCUGUUUGCGUCGGGAAGACGGUGAAUCGAUCGAAAUCGAGCAACUCGACGUUGCAGCGACCUUGUCGACUGUUCUCGGACUACCUAUUCCUUCUACAAACCUCGGCUCCGUGUUUCUCAAUAGCAUCUACGAUCUCGACGACGCUAAACGGCUCUUCCUUCUUUAUUACAACUCGAAACAGGUGUUUAGUCGUUUUCAGAAACUCGCCCAUCAUGAGUCGCAAGUUGAGUAUGUAUACCGAAAGUAUUUGGACGCUGUAAACCUGCAUGUCGCUUGGUUGAACGCGAGCGAGACACAGCAUGGAAUGGUCGAGAAUGUCGUCUCGUCUUAUCACGCGAUCCUUGAGGAGAUGAAGGACGCUAUAAUUAGCAACAUAAUCAAGUACGAUUUUCCUUCGAUGAUCGUUGCCGUCUUCUUUCUGUGUCAAAUACUUGUCGUCUUGUUCUUCGUGCGAACCGCUGUUUGGACUACGCAUAAAAAGACCGCAUCGUUUUUCUUGCUGCGAUUUCUUUUGUGUCUAGGAAUGUAUUAUCUUUAUAGUUUUGAAAGCACCACUUCUUUCUACUCGAACAUGAAUAUAUUUGAUGCUCUGUUGUCCCUCGUAAUCGUUGGCAUUUUAUAUAUUAACUGUGAUCUUUGUACAAACAGCGUUUUAUCUCUGACGGAGUUUACGAAGGGACUAAAGAGUGAACGUGUAGUGUUCCAAAUCGGUGCGUUAUUGCACAUAGCGAGCCUUGCUAGCAGCAGUUUUAUUGAGGAGGAGCAUCAGACAUGGUACUUCUUCUGGGUUACUACAAUCGCAUACUUUCUCUAUCGUUAUACCACGAGAUUGCUCGCGUACCAUCGAUACGAUCUUACGAGCGUUACGGUGCGAACAGGGGUGGGUCCAAAUUGCGGCGAUACUAGGAGCCACGUACAACUUUGUGCUAAGCUAUUGUUGCUACUAAUAGGGCACAGAGUUCUGCGAAAGCUAAACAGCACCGGCGACAAGUGGGCUCAUCUGCCCGAUCUAGCUCGUUGGUUGAGAGAGGAUGACAGCAAAGUCGGAAUGACGUUCCUACUUGUAACUGCACUUGUUCUUCUAAUCUGGAUCGCGUACAAAUGCGAGGAUAAAGAGUACAGGUGGCAAUCGUUGUUCCUUAAUACGGCUAUCGCGGCAUGUAUAUAUAUUCGUCACAUGUCCAACGAUGCCGUCGUGAAAAUUCCAUUGUGUCCCUUGUCAAGCGGAAUACCCGAGGUACGAAUGUUUUGGGGAGUAGUAACGCUAUCUCUGCUAAGCUACGGCUAUCGAGCGACACUAAUAGUUAAGCGUGACAAAUGGCGUUUCACGAUGCUGUUCUUCAUUGUGAAUACGUGGACGAUGAUCUCGGCGAUGCUGCACCAACCGUACAAUGUAAUCUUAUUGCCAAUGCAGAUGGUCGCAAGCUCGACGCUCGACUCUGUAUUGAGAGAAAAUGAUUUACUCGAUCUCGGAAUCCUCUUACAUUAUUGGCUAGGCAAUGUAUUUUAUUUCUAUCAGGGAAACUCCAAUAGCCUUGCAAGUAUAGACGUCGCGGCAGGAUACGUCGGUCUGCGUUCCUACAUGCCUUUCGUCACCGGUGCCUAUUUAAUCGUCAAUACUUAUUCCGCGCCUGUCCUGGCUUACUUUCUACUCGUUUACUAUCGGCAACUACAUCAGACACACCGUAUGGACGUUGUCGCGCGUACGAGUAGGACUUACAUCGCGUGGAGGCUGUUGACGAUAACAGUCUACAUGAUCGUUGUCGUCAGUCAACGUCACCAUCUGUUUGUGUGGUCGGUCUUCUCACCGAAAUUGUUGUACGAGGCGACGUAUUCCGCGACGAUGUGUUGUAGCGUGCUAUUAGCGUUGAUUGUGAUUGCGUUGCAAUCUGCAGCGAUUUCUGGUUACGCGCCGUGCAAGAAUUAAGAAUCGUGCGACGCCGCGAGAAACAGACAUGUGCGUUUGUACAUACGAAUAAAUUUAUAUCCCGAUCAUAUAAUAAAAUGCCUAGUCGAUAGAGCACUUGUGGGUAUACGAGCGCUCAUUGGUGAAAGUGAAUUAAUCGCAAGAGUAUAUUGUUUAAUGAAUAUUUUAUUUUCGUCUUAAAAAAAAGAUCCAUUUUAUUACGUAAAACCAAAAGUCUAGAAUGUAGUACUAACAACAUCGGGACGAUACACCAUGCUACGAUGGCAGUUUAUUAGUAAAAUAAAUCUGUUAUACUAGAGUGGAAUAUCGUUUAACGAAGAUAGUCAAACCUCCGACUUAUCAUCGCACAACACAAAGAAUCAGAUCCAUUUCAUCUCUUUUACUUACAUUUCAGCUUCAAUCACCGUGCAAUAUAAAGGUGCAAUUUCAUGCGCGCGAAGAAAAGUCGGUCAAAGUUCGACUCAUUGUCAGUCCAACCUGUCCAACUAAUAGCAAAGCGACACUGAAAUCAAAGAGGUGGCGCAAAAGAAUAAAAGAACACAAGUAAAAAAAUUAAGGAAGGACCAAAUAUCCUGCUUCUGCAAUUUUGGUCCAAUCUUGCCCAAUAAUUUUUCCAACCAAGUUGCAGUCAUCGGCAAGUAAUUGUGGAAUCGUAUGUCCAUCAAUAUUAAUUUUGGAACCGACGCAAAGAAAAAAAAAACUAAUGUGCGUAGAAUUGCACCUUUAGGUAAGAAAAAAAAUAGGUGUCCGAUUUGAGAUUUAAAUAAGACGAGCAGCCCGUUUGUGAUAAUUUCAAUUUACUGUAUUGUGAGAAAACAUCCUUGAAUAUUAUAUUUUUCGAAAAUGUAAAAAA